AUGUUUCAUGAAUUUCUUCAGGAGUUGGGUCCUCUCAAAAACUCAGAGCUCCCCUUUCCAUUUAGAAAUUAAUUCAAAAUCAAAGAAAACUUCAUCAAUCCAAAUAGCAAACAUUUCGAUACAAUUGCCCAGAAAUUACUCUCAGAAGAAAAAGCAAGUAUAAAACGAAAAUGGGAUAAAUAAUGCAAAAUGAUGUUCAUCUGGAUAUUGGGCAAGUUCUUCUAAUUGAAAAAUAAGAAAACCAUCAACCCCACAGAAGAAGAAUGGAGACAAUUAUCUAAUAUUCUUAAAAUUGAUGAAGUUACUCUCAAAUAACGAUGGAUAACCCUUAUAAACCCAGUUUCUAAGAGCAUUAAUUGGGAUCCAGAAGAGGAUGAAAUCAUUCGAUCACUUAUGAAGUAUACCUUAUACAUAUUUGAUGAAAAGCAUAUUUGGACACAUAUCGCUCUAGAAUUGUAUAAUUAAAACAAUGGAUAAUACAUCAGAACUCCAAAAUAGGUUAGAGAAAGAUGGAUGAAUUAUUUAAAUCCAAAACUUAAAAAGACUAAUUGGAGCUAAUAAGAAGAUCUACAGUUGUUGAACAUGGUUGUUAAGAAUGGCAAGAGAUGGUCACUGAUUUCCAGUCUUUUGGAUGGCAGAACAGAAAAUCAAGUCAAAAACAGAUUUAAAAGUCUCAUCCAAAAAAUCUACAAAGACGAAGACGAUGAUGAUAUUGAAGAAUUAGAAGCUAUAAAGGAGUAUUUGAAUAAACAAAAUGUAUAAUAAAUCUAGGAACCACAAAAGGAAGAGUCUCAAAUUAGAGUAACUUACUUGAGAUAGGUUAAAACUAAAACAAAUCCUUAAUAAUCUAAUAAAAUCGAUGAAAUCGAAGUUUUAACUAAAAGAAGAAAAAAUAUUAAGGAUAUAUUACAAAUUGGAGAAUAAUAGCAAGUUAAGUCUUCGAAAGAUUCAUAAAUAAAAUAAAAGUAAAAAGCCACCAAAUUAAAGGUUGAAGAAAAUAUAUAAGAAGUUUAAGCUGAGUAAUUAUAGUAAUAUUAUCAUAAUAAUAAUUAUUAUAAUAAUAACAAUAAUUAUAAUAAUAAUAAUUCUCAUUUGAAUAAUAAUUAAAAAUGCAGUAAUAGUUUUAAUCCUAGUUAUUAUGUGAGAAUAAUAAAAAAGAUCUCUCAACUCCCAACACAUUGUAUUAUAACAUCUAACCCUCCUUUUAAAAAAUGGAGGACUUAAAAAACGAUCAAUUUUAAUUUAAAUAAGUCUAGCAAUCUCCAAUUCAAUAACCUAAUCAGUAUCUAUAUUAAGGGUUUCGUCCAUAUCAAGAGGAUGUAUAAUAAUAAUUCUAACAAACUCCUAUGUAGAUGUUUAUGGGCUAGUACUUAAAGAAUUACUAAUAAAAUUACAAUCUUGUUUCUCCUUUCCCAUAAAUUAACUAAACACCUAUGGCUAUACACUCCUGCCUAAGCGAUGUACAUGUAUAAUAAUAACAAUCCUUAUAAUAUGGGAGUAUCACCUCUUUUGAUUAGAAGUCCCUAUCCUGAGAAUUUGUCUCCCAAUAUUGCUCCCUAAUAGCAGCCACCUUAGGCCUUUUGGUAAACUCCUCAAUAAACAACGCUUGACUAUUAGUAGAAUGAAUAAAAGUUCUCUUUGAAUAAAUUAGAAUUUCUAUAGUCUAAUAAUUUAGUUGAUAAAUGGAAAUAGAAAAGAAUAAAUGAAAAGCAGAAUGCCUCAUUUUUGGAACCCUUUUAAUCACUUGAUUAAUGA